AUGCCCAGCGCAACACUCCCCGCUCAAACCUCCACACCCGUCCCGCUAGCUCCCAGCCAGGCAAAGCGGCUUUAUGGAGCCAUUCACCUCUUCUGUGCCCUGAAGGAUGCACUUCCCCAUGUGUCGAACCCCCAUACGUCGGACGAUGACUCUAUUGUUACCACCCCCGACGAAGAUCGCGCCCUGUAUAGGUGCUUCGUCAACAAGAUUGCGCAAAUUUGCGAUACUAAGCAUGGGGGAGACACCGUCACGAGCGCCAUGAUUGUCCAACCUGGUCAGGUGGAAUACUGGAUUGCCUCUAAUAGUCGCACCAAGACACAGAUGGCCAGGGUCAAGGAGUUUUUGUCUGACGAGAUCUUGAAAGUACUUGGAAGCAUGAAAGGGCAAGAUCUUGAAGACGAAGCCAAGGUCAAGGCUGUCUCGGACAGUCUGUUGAAGAAGGUCAUCGUGUACUGUCGGUGGCGCCUGUACAAGUACCUCAGAACAUUGGUUGACAAUAUUGGACUUUGCCUAGAGAGCUGCGCCAAGGACUCUGGCGCUGAGGGUAAGUUACUGGCACCUGGAAAUCUAUCGAUGGGAGUUAAAGCUGACACAAACCAGCCACAAUGGCAGGACGCCUGCGGGAGCUACUUCCGAUUGCCGAGGCAGCGGUGGCCUCUUGGCCCCAUGAUCUCCUGUCCUGUAUGUGCCAUGCCAAGUCCCAAUGUUAUCUUCGUCCCAAGUCUGUCCGCAACUAACAUCUCACCUCAACAGUCACCCAAGAAACCUACCGCCUCCUCAUGGCCCUCAAAAAAUCCUACACCUCCUCCUUUGCCUCCUUCCUCCGCCUCAAAGCCCCCUCCUCGGAAAACGUCUCGAACUCGUCCCCAAAAAAGGACAGCCCCCCUUCCCCUUGGAUCGAAACGCGCCACGCCCUCCGCCGCCCUCCACUUCUACACCCCUCGCCAUCCCGCGUCUUUCUUGUCCCCCCGCGGAAAAUGGCCCGACCUCUUCGAGUCCCCCGAAGUCAUCCCAUACCCCUCCCCAGCUAAGCUCCCCAGCCCCCUCCAGAUCAAGGAAAGAAUGUGCACAGGCAAAGACCUCCUCAACCGCCUCACCCCCGACGUUGAAGUUCACGCCGCUUACGACUUCUUUUCCCCCCAGCUCCAAGCCAGGGAUUUCGACGCCGGCCUCAAAAAUUCCAUCAAAGACCCCAAGUGCAUCACCACCGUCCAUGCAGAAGUAACACUCUUGUCCAACCUCCGCAGGGAGACCCUUUGUCCUUCCCCUGGCAGGGAGGAUGCACAUUGGGAUUUCUUCAUGGAGGAUAAAUUCGGGAGGUACAUCGGCUGUUCCAAGCCCACUUGCAUGCUGUGCGACAUUUACUUUGAGGCUUCUCCCGUCAAGGUGGAUAGGAGAAAGGGACACGGCAAUUUGUAUCAUAAGUGGAGGGUGGCGGAUAUCAUCCAGGGGUCGAUGGUGAAUGGGGCAGUGGAAAUGUUGGUGAGGGAGAGGAAGAAUGUGAUUGAGGAGAUGAUCAAGACGCUGAAAAAGGAGGUGAAGGGGGUGUUGGUGGAGAGGAGGGGUUGGAGGGGGAGUAGACAUGAUAGUCGGGCUACGCCUUCGAAUCCGUUUGGGUCUGCGGUCACAGCUGCGGGGAGCGUGAGGGGUGGUUUGACGGAGGGGAGGUUGAUGCAAGCGCAGGCUGGCCUGCAUGGGAGUGUGGGUAGUGGAAGUGGGAGUGUUCAAGGUCGUGGUAGGCGGGGGAGGUUGGUGUUGGAGGAGGUGGAGGAGGUGGAGGAUGAGACUGAUGGUGACCAGGGGGAGUGCAUGGAGGGAGAGUCUGUGGAGGAGGUCAGCAGAUUGAUGGGUCAGUUGAGUGUCACUCGCGCUCGUAAGGAGGAGGAGGAUGAUGAUGAUGAAGGUGGCGCCAAGCUCUAG